GGAAGUAGGUCGCUUUCUGAUGAAUUAAGUGGCAGUGAAUUGAGACCAGAGGGAAUCUGGCCCCUAGAGGCUGGUACUUGCGCCCGAAACCCCCAUCUGCGGCGGAGAGACAGUCCGAGGUAAUUGUCUGCCACGAGUGCACAUUCUUAAAACAGGAGAUUUUAGUUCUAAAAAUGGGAAGAACCUAUAUUGUAGAAGAGACUGUUGGCCAGUAUCUUUCAAACAUAAAUCUCCAAGGAAAGGCUUUUGUCUCUGGCCUUUUAAUAGGACAGUGUUCGUCACAAAAGGAUUAUGUGAUUCUUGCCACUAGAACGCCACCCAAAGAGGAGCAAAGUGAGAACCUCAAACAUCCCAAAGCUAAGUUGGAUAACUUGGAUGAAGAAUGGGCCACAGAACAUGCCUGCCAGGUAUCCAGAAUGCUACCAGGGGGACUUUUAGUUCUUGGAGUAUUUAUUAUUACUACUUUAGAACUGGCAAGUGAUUUUCAAAAUGCCCUGCGUAGACUAAUGUUUGCUGUGGAAAAGUCUAUAAAUAGAAAGAGGUUGUGGAAUUUCACAGAGGAGGAAGUCUCAGAACGAGUGACACUUCACAUUUGUGCUUCUACAAAAAAAAUAUUUUGUCGAACUUACGAUAUCCAUGAUCCAAAGAGUUCAGCAAGACCAGCAGAUUGGAAGUAUCAAAGUGGAUUAUCAUCCUCAUGGCUUUCUUUAGAGUGUACAGUUCACAUUAAUAUUCACAUCCCACUUUCUGCUACUUCUGUCAGCUAUACUCUGGAGAAAAAUACAAAGAAUGGACUUACACGCUGGGCCAAGGAAAUAGAAAAUGGUGUUUAUUUGAUUAAUGGACAAGUUAAAGAUGAAGAUUGUGACCUAUUAGAAGGACAGAAAAAAUCUUCUAGAGGAAAUACUCAAGCAACUAAUCUUUCUUUUGAUGUCAGAGUGCUAACGCAGUUGCUCCUGAAUUCAGACCACAGAUCCACAGCCACAGUCCAGAUAUGUAGCGGUUCUGUAAACCUUAAGGGUGCUGUGAAAUGCAGAGCUUAUAUUCACAGCAGUAAACCCAAAGUUAAAGAUGCUGUGCAGGCAGUAAAGAGGGAUAUAUUGAACACAGUUGCUGAUCGUUGUGAAAUACUAUUUGAGGAUCUGCUUUUGAAUGAAAUUCCAGAAAAAAAAGAUUCUGAAAAAGAGUUCCAUGUCCUCCCUUAUCGAGUCUUUGUUCCCCUUCCUGGAUCCACUGUAAUGUUGUGUGAUUAUAAAUUUGACGAUGAGUCAGCUGAAGAAAUCAGGGACCAUUUUAUGGAGAUGUUGGAUCAUACAAUUCAGAUAGAAGAUUUGGAAAUUGCAGAGGAAACAAACACAGCUUGUAUGAGUUCCUCUAUGAAUAGUCAAGCUUCAUUGGACAACACAGAUGAUGAACAACCAAAACAACCAAUUAAAACUACAAUGUUACUGAAAAUUCAGCAAAACAUAGGUGUGAUUGCAGCAUUUACAGUUGCAGUCCUUGCUGCGGGUAUCUCCUUUCAUUACUUCAGUGAUUAGGAAUCGAUAUAUGGGCCUGAAAUAUAUUAAGUUAGAGACCAAACUUUUGAAAACUGACUAGAGAAAUGCUGCUGUUGAGUUUACUUUCUUCUGAAAGAACAUCUUUUCCUGUAAUGGGAGGUACAAUAUUUCUGUACAGAGCUACUUCACUUCCACAAGUCAUAGGUCAUCAAGAAGAGCAUCUACAUCCCCAAAUGUUUCAGAGUGUAAGUCAAAAACUCUUACAAUUCCACUUCUUUUCAUGUGUCUCGUAGAUGUUUUAAGAAUAUUUUCAGCUGCAUGGCUUGACAGCCUUGGGAUUCCCUCACACAUUCACAAUCUUUUUUGGAUCAGUCUGGUGUGAGCAUGAAGACUGGGAGUUGUGGAGCCCACUUAGGAAAUGAUUGCAAUUGUCCAGGAGACAGAUGAUGGUAAUUAAGUUUCCAUCAGCCUGGAACUCAGAGGACAGAAGAUACAUAUUCUGUAUGUAGAGGUAAGCAGUUCUUUCCUGGGGAUGAUUUUUACCUUCCAGAAAACACUCGGCAAUGUCUGAGGAUAGUUUUAGUUGUUGCAACUGAGGGAGGGGUGCUAAUAGUAUCUACUGGUUAGAGGCCAGGAGUGCUGCUAAACAUGCUAUAAUGCACAAGACAACUCCCCACAGCAAAGAAUUAUCUGGCCCAAAAUGUAAAUAGUGGUGAUUUUCAGAAGCAUUGGUGUAGAUAGUACCUGAAGUCGUCAGAGGGAAUAACAGCAUCUGAAGUGUGAGGGAGGAAACUAAUCCACAAAACACCAAUAGACAAGGAGCAUGCCCCCGGUCACAGAAGCAGAGAAGAAUCUGGAGAGUGGUAUUAUGAAAACCAAAGUGAGGAAAGAAUUUCAAUUUGGAAGUGGUAAUCAGCAUUCAAUGUAGCCGAAAAUUAAGUAAGAUGAGGACUGUUGAGUCUAACGGGCUUGGUGGUUAGGUGGUGUAUUGGAUAUUCUCCAUUUGCUUCUUAAAAUUCACGUUCUAUCUUUCUCCAUCCUGUUUUAUCCCCAGAGAAGGUUAACUUAACAGACUUCAUCAACAAGGUUCUCUUGCCCUCUGGCUUUCAGCUGGAUUCUGACAAUGAAAGGUCCUGAAAAGAGAUAGAAGAGCAGGAGGAGAGAAUGCAAGUUGUUUCUCCCUGAAGCUCUGUCCCUGCUGGGCCACAGAGUGACAGGGGCAGUGUUUCUCUUCCAAAAGCUAAAGCUCCUGUUGGGCAGCUUUUUCCUAUAGCUGCAGGUCUCACUGGUUUCUUGCCCCCUCCAGGCCUGUGGGUAGUAGUCGCUUUCACCUGUUAAUAGGUGGUGCUUCGCUAUCUCUUGUUAGUUUCCUGCCUAGACCCUUGUAAAUAGUCUUUUCUUUUUUUUUUUUAAAUUAUACUUUAAGUUUUAGGGUACAUGUGCACAACGUGCAGGUUAGUUACAUAUGUAUACAUGUGCCAUGUUGGUGUGCUGCACCCAUUAACUCGUCAUUUAGCAUUAGGUAUAUCUCCUAAUGCUGUCCCUCCCCCCUCCCCCGACUCCACAACAGGCCCCGGUGUGUGAUGUUCCCCUUCCUGUGUCCAUGUGUUCUCAUUGUUCAAUUCCCACCUAUGAGUGAGAACAUGUGGUGUUUGGUUUUUUGUCCUUGCGAUAGUUUGCUGAGAAUAAUGGUUUCCAGCUUCAUCCAUGUCCCUACAAAGGACAUGAACUCAUCAUUUUUUAUGGCUGCAUAGUAUUCCAUGGUGUAUAUGUGCCACAUUUUCUUAAUCCAGUCUAUCAUUGUUGGACAUUUGGGUUGGUUCCAAGUCUUUGCUGUUGUGAAUAGUGCUGCAAUAAACAUACAUGUGCAAAUAGUCUUCUUUAAACUCCCUUCAAUCAUACCUUUUCUAUUUGUGCUGUUUCCUUCCAGGGACCUGACUGACACAGAGGUCAUUGUUGAUCUGUAUCAGAACCACUUUCAGUGGAAUAGUUGAGGCAGAUAGGUGGAAAAAUAAAGGGAAAGAAAGGAAGAAGAUUAAAUACAUUGAAUUUUUGUUCGUUUUUUUUUUUUUUUUUUUUUUUUGCAUGAGUUUUGGGAAUGAAGAAGAGAAGGAGAAUACUAGAGACAAUAGGUAGUAAUAAUUUGGAAGAACCAAGACAAGUUUUUAAAUAAGAGAUGGAAAGUUGUUUUUAGGUUGUGAAUAAAAAAACAUAGAGGGAGGGGAUAGAACUGUAAUAUGGGUAAAAAAGAAAUUUGAAUGUAUUAUAAUCCGAUUAAAAGCACAGAUGACAAUAUUAGUCUCACAUAGAAAUACAUCUUUGAGAACAGUAAAAUGGAAAAUAGAUGAGCUAAUAGAUGUGGGGUAAGAAAUUAGGGAAGUUCAUGCCUGGUAGGCUCAGUUUCUACUGGGAUGUUGAAAGAUGGUCGUUUAAGGAUUUAGGAGAGGGAGACUGAGGAGAAUAAUGAAGGUUUGGAAUAGCUGCUAUGGGAAACGGAAGAGGGAUCUGUUUGCGGAACAAGCUAUGGACCCUAGUUGAAGAGCACUGAUUGGUUGAUAUAUGUAUGAAAUUUUGAGGAAGACACAAUUUUGUUGAGUAGGACUUACCAACUAGUAGUUAGGAAAAGAGAGAUCAGAUGGUUGAAAUGAUUGGAAGUUUGGGGAUUUAAAUGAUAAGUGCUUUGAAAGAAUAAAAGGAUAAAAAUGGGGGAAGUGCCAGCAGCAAGGUGAUUGAUGACAUCUGUCAAGUGUUUAGGCUGCACAGGAAGGAUAGAAACAGGGAAAGUGGAGAAAGGCAGUGUCAAACAGGCAAGGCUGAGAAAUUGCAGGUCUUAACAUGUGGUUUGGUAGAAAAGAAUCGAGAGGGCCGGGCGCGGUGGCUCAAGCUUGUAAUCCUGGCUCAAGCUUGUAAUCCCAGCACUUUGGGAGGCUGAGGCGGGUGGAUCACUUGAGGUCAGGAGUUCGAGACCAGCCUGGCAAACAUGGUGAAACCCCAUCUCUACUAAAAUACAAAAAGUUAGCCGGGCUUGGUGGCAGGCGCCUGUACCCCAGCUACUCGGGAGGCUGAGGCAGGAGAAUCACUUGAACCUGGGAGGAGGAGGUUGCAGUGAGCCGAGAUCAUACCAUUGCACUCCAGCCCAGACGACAGUGCGAGACUCCAUCUCAAAAAAAAAAAAAAAAAGGAAAAAAAUGAAUUGAGAGAACUGGAAGGGUAGAUGACUAUCUUCAGAGAAUGGUAUAUUGAGAUUGAAGGGAAGUUGGCAGUAAAAGUAAAAGGAAGAACUGCAUGCCAGAAUAUGUUAGCUAAUCAGAGGGGCAUGAGUGGAUGACAGUUUCUUCACUGAAAUCCAAUAUAAGCUGGGUUCCAGAAUAUAAGAUCUCAACCUUAAUAAAUAAGUAAAAUUAAAAUGUCACUAUAUCUGUUAAUUUAAGUAAUGUGUGCUCCCCUCCUAGACUGUAAAUCUGUUGAAAAGAAAGAACGAUUAUAUUAUACAUUUGCAUCAUCUCUUCUAUUAUUUAACAUAAUUCCUUGUAUGUAUUAGACACCACAAAUCAUUCUACAAAUGUUUGAAAGGUAACAAAAAUAUAUAAAAUUUGUAUCAUGAGAAUGUAUUAGAUAUAUUUGAGUAGAUAAGUAUAUGAUUAAAUUUUAUUCUAUAAUACAUUCAGUAUAAAACUUCAAAACAAAUUUCUUAUUUAUGUGCUAAACUUUAUUUUGUUUUCAAACUUAAUUUAAUUUGCUUAUUGUGAUAUCUACAGUCAUUCAGAAAUGGCAGUUUUUGGGACUUCUCUCUUUCAAUUCACAUACAUAAAAGUUUGAAUAAGUUUCUAAUAUAGAGAAAUGUGAGUGGUAUGUUUAGCAUAGAUUAAUUGAAUCCCAACUUCUUAAUAAAUUAACUUUUAUUUACAUAAGCAGAUCCUUAAAAUCAUAUAUCUAUGUACUGUAUGCACCAUUUUACUUCAUGUAUAUCUAUUAAUAAUAAUGAAAACUAACAUUUGAGUAAUGUCAGUGUCAGGUACUGCUCUAGUUUACAUAAUUUACUCAUUUUCCCUUCACAACAACCCAGUGAACAUGUGCUAUUAUUUUUCUUAUUUUACAGAUGAGGAAACAGUAGAGAGGUUAACUAAUUUGCCCAAAGUCACAAAAUCAGUGAAUGAAUUAAAACCUAGGAGAUCUGGUGUUCAAGAUACUAACCACCAUUACAGUAUAGACACAUGGAUACAAAUGCCAAUGCGUUUAUCUUUGAUUGCUUGUUUGAUGUUUGUUUUCUUUACCUUAAGAUCCCUGAGAUCAAGGACACUGGCUGGUAAAUGGCAUCUUAUCAAUAAGUAUUUUGUGAACAAAUAAAUGAAUGAGCUUCUGACUUUACAGGAUAAUUUUGCUAUUUCCUCCAAAGUUUCCUAUUAGUUUACAGCUAACACUCUUGGCUUUUCCUUCAAGUCCAUUCCAGUUAUUAUUUGGGUGAUUUGUUAUGAGACAUGUUAUGACAUUUUAAGCCUUUACAUUUAAAACGUCAUUCUUUUGCUGAGACAAAAAUGAUCUCUUCUCCUCCUCCUCCUCCUGCCAAAAGAAUUGCAGAUUAAGUGUUUACAUGAGGGAAGUUUGUAAUCCAGUAUUUCUGCAGCAGCGGGCUUCAAAUAUUCUAGGCAAAUCCUGCUUUUUGUUCAACUCUUCCUGAUGAGUGUUGUGAUCAAAGCUUCACCUUGGCAUCCAUUAGUCAUCGAGUACUUAUUUGAGAAUGGUUGCUAUCAUCAUUUACUCUCUAAACAGGUGCCACCUAGUUACUUUUGUUUUGGCAAUUAUGGGUUAAAUACAUUCCUGAGCCUAGUCCUGCUUAAGCUUGCUAGUUCUCUAUUUUAAAUUAAGGCAUGAUAGGUUAUUUCUUUCAAGAGUAAAGGUUUCUUUAAGUAGGAAUCUUUCAAAUUACUCAUUUUUACUCAUUUUUAUUCUUGUUUUCUGUAGAUGAGUCUUUCACUGUUCAGUCUUGCUUUACUGUGCCUGGCUGACAAAACUGCAUUACAUAGCAGUUAACAAUGGCUAGUGAUUAAAAAGAACUUAUAUUUUAUUCUUAAAAUAUUGCUCUCUUUUAAGAUGCUUAUUUGACUAUUCUUCAUUACUGCCUUGCUACCAUUCUUUUAAGUAUUUACUUUCAGUCCAUGGAAUUAAUGUCAAUUUAUAAAGAGUUGUUCCACCGAGGAGUUUUUGAAUUAUAAAUAUAUUAUGCAAGGAUCCUGUUUUUUUGCUACAGUUUUUUAGGUCCAGUAAUUCCUUAGCAAAGAACUCUGUAUGGGAUUAAUAUAUUUGUUAGCAAUUACUUGAUAGGAGAAAACAUGUUGAACUAUUACUUUAAAGCUACUUAUUUUAUAUAUAAUUACCCCGAAUGUCUCCUUUCUAGCACUUUUUCUCUACGUGAUAUGCCUGUUGUUCAUCAAGUUAGAAAUAGUCCAUGGGGCAAUUAAAAUUACUUUCCCAAUUGAUAAAGAAGAGUAGAGGAUGGAAUUUUAGAUUCAUGAGCAAAAACACUCAGUACCCAUUGAAGUGACCUUAUGUUAGGGAGUAGUCACAGUCAGGAAUUCUAUCUCACCCACUUUUGUUUCACCAAAAUCUAGUACAAUUGCAGACCUUCUUCCCCUCCACUGCCACCCCAUUUGUUUCCUCCUUUCUUCCCUUCCUGCAAUUGAGACAUAGGAUUUUGGAGUCUAGGACAGAGAUAAAACUGGAGAUGUGAAUUUGAGGUGGCUUUAAUAUAAAUGGUAGUUAAGAUUAU